UAUUAAUUAUACAAAUACUUUGCCUGAUUUGGUUAGUUUCUCAGCCAGAGAGAAAUAUUCCUUCAUAUUAUUUCUUGAUUUACUUUUAAGUGCUUUUUUCUUGUUCUUUUUAGCAUACCUUUUGACUAUGAACGGUGCAGGAUCAUUAUUCUGGUUGGGUCUUAGAUGCUUUAAGCUCAUCUUUGACUUAUCUCUCGAACUGGAUAACUUGAACCGAGGCUUGGUCUUAUUCGGGCUUUGUGAGAGUGUCUUCGCUUGAGAUCUGAAAAUCGAGUCGAAUGUACUAAACUUCUCAAUACCCCUGGUGUUCUGUAACUUGGUAUCUGUUUGAAUUUGGUUUAUCAUUGGCAGCUUACCAUUAAAAUCAUUAUUCCUCUUGCAUCGGUACUUAGGAGGGAUCGACUUUUUAUUUCCCAAAACCACCUUUGGAAUGAGUGGAUGUCCCCCAACUAUUUUUGGACUGAUCAUCCGCAAGUUUGUACUCAGAUUUCACGUUAUUUAAGGUUACUAGGAACUUCCUAUUUUGUUUUGUUAUAUCUUUAAGGAACUUCUUCCUCUGUCUGAAGUUAAGACUCCUGAUUCUCUCAGUCUUGGGGCCUUUCUCAGUGUGGCUUUCAUGGAAAAGCUUGCUUUUGUUCUUGAUAAUUUUCUUAAGUUUAUCGAGUAACAUGUGAUUUUCACGCUCUAUUUCAGAGUAUUUUGUGUCGAGAAGGACGAUCUUAUUUGCCAUUCUGAGUGAUGUGAGGCAUCUUGGAAGGCUCGUUUUGGAACUGAGAAGCCCUGGAUGAGAUAUGCUUAAGAUUGCUUUUAUGAACAUGCUUGUUGAACUCCUGCCAGACUUUGUUAAGGUAUUUACUUCCUACAGGCUUCUCUUUGUUCAUUGCUAAAUUAUUCAAUUUA